CAGAGACAAGCGAAUAACUUGAAUGAACCAAAGAACGAACAUUCUGUCACUUUGAAGUUUGGCGGCAGGUAACAAUCAGGAAGUAUUUAGAUCUAGAACCCAGUUAGGCACGCCCUAAAGUAAUUUCGAACCACAAUCCCUGUCCAGGAAUUUCCGCAAAUGAAUCAGACAUGUCCGGUUCAAAGAAUUUACAGAAGACUAAAGGUAGUCGGAUGUCAUGGUCCUUUGACUGUGACGUGAAUGAGCGAGAUGUGGUGACACCUGCGAAGCGACCGAAAAUAGAAACAGAAGUACCGUCCCUAGACCGAGUGUCACGAACGAUUGAUAUUUAUGACAAAAAAACACAUAUAAACAGCUUACCGGAUCUUCUCAAAGCUUGCGAACCUCAAGAAGCCUCAGAGUUAUCAAUUAGCCGACAAAAACAAAGAGAAAUAUACGAUUGGUUGGAAUAUAAAACUAUCAGGAGCAAGCCAUGCGCUUUGAUUCUCUCUGGUCCUUCGGGUUGUGGAAAAACCGUUAGCUUUAAACUACUUGCCAAAGAGAAGGAGUUUGAAUGUGUCGAAUGGAUCACACCGGCUGAUCAAGGCGCGGAUGAAAAUAAUAAAUUCACGAGGCAAGGAGACAAAUUUCAAGAUUUUAUGGUCAGAACUACAAGAUACGGUUCUCUCUUUGAAGAUUGUUGCAGACGCCUACUACUCGUUAAGGAUUUUCCAAAUGUUUACUUCAACGAUAAAGAUGCCUUUCACACACUCCUCGAGCAAUACUUUGGGACGGGCAAAGAACCAGUUGUAUUUAUUUGCACUGAUUCAGGGGGCAUGGGAGCGCUGCAAACCUUAUUUCCACCAAAUGUCCGGGAAAAAUUUGGCAUUUGCCAUAUCAGCAUAAAUCCAGUCACACAAGCGGUCACGAAGAAUAUUUUGAAGAGAGUUUCACUAGUCUUUAACACCAGAGCCUCUCACAUGGUACACGUGUCUCAACGUAUCGUAGAAGAAAUAUUAUCCAACAAUAUCGGUGAUAUUAGGAGCACUGUUAUUAACCUCAUAUUCGCUUCUUUGAAAGUACCUAAUAGACAAAUCGAUUGCGAAGGAAGAGGUCGUGGAGAAUCUUUAAGCCUACUUCAUGCCAUCGGUCGAGUAACUAAUCCCAAACGUCUAGUCGAAGGAAAUUCAUGGAAGUUUGUACAUGACCCAGAUGAAAUUGCGUACUUCUUUCAAACUCAACCAUCUACGUUCGCGCGGUUUUUACAUGAAAAUCAUUUGAAUACCACAAGAGGAAUCGAAGAAGCUACUGCAGCCACUGAUAUACUUAGCAUUUCAGAUUGUCUUAUAUCUGAUUGGAGGGACUCGCAUUUGGGCAGACUUGGACUGUCGUUUUGUAUCCGUGGAAUAAUGAUUACCAACAAUGAUCCUGUGCCGGGUUGGAAUCCAGUAAGAAAACCACGUAAUGACGAAAAAAUCUGCAGGGAUCUCGCAUCCACUGAAACCCUCUGGUACAAAUCGCUGAUCAGCCCUAAAUUAGCCUCGACAAUAACAUUCAAGGGGCUUGGAAAUUAAAGGAUAUACAUUUUAAAAUACCAAGAUUUUUCACGACCCGAAAACAAAUUGCCGAUACCACGUGUUUCGUCAAUGAUCAUUUUCCGAACAUAUUUUGUUCAGAUAUUAUUAUUUUUUUUAUUUAAACGGCUAUUUCUAGAUACGUUUCAUACAGAGACUGUGAACAAGCUCGACUAAGAGCCCGUUGAAUUAUUGUAACAGCUGCACAAAGACGACUGGUUAAUAAAUGAUCUUAUCGAAAA